AUGGCCAAAAUAAGCUUCUUGCCUACUCUCGAAGAUGCUUACGGUGCAUUAUCAGCAGAACAACUCGAGAUUUUGCGACAACAAGUGCUUUCCGAAGGUGGGGAGGUUGCAUCGAUACAGUCAAGGUUUAACUACGCCUGGGGGUUGAUCAAGUCACAAGAACAAGACGAUCAAAGGCUGGGAGUCAAGCUACUCACCGACAUAUACAAGGAGUCUUCGAUGCGUAGACGAGAGUGCCUGUAUUAUCUGACUAUUGGAUGCUACAAACUGGGGGAGUUUUCCACGGCGAGACGAUAUUCCGAUGCUCUACUUUCCCACGAACCAGAUAACAAACAGGCUCUUGCCUUGCAAACCAUGGUGGAGAAUAAGAUUCAGCGAGAGAGCUUGAAGGGUAUCGCCAUUGCUAGUGGGUGCGUUGCCGUAGCUGCUACUCUCGCCAGCUUCAUGUUCAGAAAGAAACGUUAA